AUGCGAAAACCUGAAGAGGCGAAGAAGGCUAAAAGGUUAUCUCUUAUAUUUAUCACAGAAGGUGUAGUGCCAACUUUGUGGGAUCAACUUGGUCAGAAAGGAAAGCAGGAUAACGUGGUUGAAGGGUAUGUUACUGGAGCUUUGAAGAAUCUUUGUGGCGUUGAUGAUGGCUAUUGGAAAGAGACACUAGAGGGUAGUGGUGUAGACAUAGUUGUGUCCCUUUUGUCAUCUGAUAAUCCUAAUUCUCAAGCAAAUGCUGCCUCUNUGNUGGCUCGUCUAGUACNGUCCUUUGCUGAUAGCAUCCAGAAAAUAUUAAAUUCUGGAGUUGUCAAGUCUCUGAUUCAGCUUUUGGAACAGAAAAAUGGUACAAAUGUUCGUGCUAGUGCAGCAGAUGCUUUGGAAGCUCUUUCAUCAAGAUCCGAUGAGGCUAAGAAAUGUGUUAAAGAUGCAGGAGGUGUUAAUGCUCUCAUUGGNGCCAUUGUUGCCCCAUCGAAAGAGUGUAUGCAGGGAAAACAUGGACAGUCUCUACAAGAACAUGCAACUGGAGCUUUGGCAANUGUGUUUGGUGGGAUGCACCAUUUAAUUAUAUAUCUUGGAGAAGUAUCGCAAUCUCCUCGUCUAACGGAACCAAUUGGUGAUGUACUUGGAGCUCUUGCCUAUGCUCUAAUGAUUUUCAAACAACNNGAGAGUUCUGAGAAGAUAUNUGAUNCAACAGUGAUAGAGAGCAUUUUGGUNAAGUUACUNAAGCCUCGUGACACAAAGUUAAUCCANGAGCGGAUCUUGGAGGCUAUGGCGAGCUUGUACGGAAACAGUAGUNUAUCGUGUUCNCUAGAUNAUGCAGAAGCUAAGAGNGUCCUUAUUGCUCUCAUAACUAUGGCUUCNACUGAUNUACGAGAGCAUCUUAUAAUUUGNUUGUCUCGGUUANGCGAUGACNAGGUUGGAAUUUGGGAGGCAGUUGGAAAGAGAGAAGGAAUCCAACUAUUUAUAUCAUUCCUAGGUUUGUCUAGUGAGCAACACCAAGAGUAUGCUGUUGAAAUGUUGGAAAUUUUGACAGCCCAGGUCGAUGAUAGUAAAUGGGCUNUAACCGCAGCCGGGGGGAUUCCCCCACUUGUCCAGUUAGUCGAGACUGGAUCUCAGAAGGCCAAGGGAGAUGCUGCCCUCAUCCUCUGGAAUUUGAGCUGUCACAGAGAUAAUCCAGCUUGCAAGGUUCAUGUGAUAAAAGUAUUGGGUCAUGUGCUCUCAAAAGCUUCACAAGAGGAUCUUAUUCAUAGAGGAUGUGCCGCUAACAAAGGACUGAGGUCCCUUGUCCAGUCCCUUACCUCUUCCAAGGAAGAAACAAAGGAGCAUACAGCUUCAGUUUUAGCUGAUCUAUUCAGCUCAAGACAAGAUAUCUGCGAUCAUCUUGCGACUGAUGACAUUAUUAACCCCUGGAUCAAGCUCCUCACAAACAACACUCAGAAUGUGGCGAAACAGGUGGCUAGGGCUUUGGACGCACUGUCCCGNCCGGUUAAGAAGAAUUCUAAUAAGAAGAAGUCUUACAUUGCAGAAGGAGAUAUUAAGUCACUCAUAAAAUUGGCUAAGGACUCUUCAAUUGAGUCUGCAGAAAUUGCAGUUUCUGCCCUGGCAAAUCUUCUGUCUGAUCUGGACAUCGCUGCAGAAGCACUAGCUGAAGAUGUUGUUUCUGCUUUCACAAGAAUUUUGGCUGAUGGAUCUCCAACGGGUAAGAGAAAUGCAUCACGGGCACUUCAUCAGUUACUUAAGAACUUUUCAGUUUUGAUGUGCUAA